CAACAAUCGAUGGAGCUGGGUAGGGUGCACGUUUCCUCUUCCAUCCAAUAAUGACGUGGCAGCGAUGCGCAUGUUGUGUACAGUACACACACCACACCAGAUUCCACCCUUUAGCUUGCUCCAAUAGUCCAUUUGCGACCCGGUCACCCUCCUCCCCCUUCCCACGCCAUACCUCCAACGUCGUCGUUUAUCGUUCAACGAGAGAAAUGCAAACGCGAUCCCAAUACCAGUGAAUCCGAUCCAUUCUGAAUCCCUCCCUUCGAAGAUUCUGUAUGUUAGUCUUUAAUCAAUCAUUUCCUACCUAAGUUUUCUCGCCAUCUCCAUGUCGGUUCCACAUCUGCGCAAUUCUAGGGUUUCUCUUCACCUUCUCAUCUCCUCUAUAUUCUUCAUCAAUUUUCCAGGAUUGGUAUUAUCUUCAGUUGUUACGCUAAGUUCCAUUGAGAUCUUCACAACCCACGAGUGGCUAAAAGCCACUCCAACUGUCUAUUUCCUUUGCAAAGGGGACAACAGGACUGAAUUGCCUGAUGUCAAGAAAAAGCAUGUCUUAUAUGCUUUUAAGGGUGAAGAGUCUUGGCAGCCUAUGACUAAUUUUUCGAGUAAAAAAUGCAAGCGAUGUGGAUUCUAUGAGGAAGACAGCUUUAUCGCAGAUGAUGUAUUUGAUGAGUGGGAGUUGUGUCCUUCGGAUUUUACUGCCCCUGAUGGCGUAUACGUCCGCUUCAAGGAAAAAGAAUUUAAUGCUAGUUUUCUUUGCCCAGAGUGCUUAUCUUUUUCUGGAAGUGUAGUUUCUAUCUCUCCAGCUGACGGCAGUCAUCAUGAUGGAAAAGGAAUGCAUGUAGCUGUUGUUGUCUUGCUAAGUCUUUUGGUCUCUGCUAUACUGAUUCUUGGAGGGGUGGGUGCAUAUAAGUACUGGCAAAAGAAGAAACGGGAGCAGGAUCAGGCUCGGUUUUUGAAGUUAUUUGAAGAAGGAGAUGACAUUGAAGAUGAGCUCGGCCUUGGCACUAUGAUAUGAUAGCAUACAAAUUCCUUCCUGUACAGUAGGUUUUCCUCACAAUUUUGAUUAUGAAAAGGAUGAGAAAAGAUUUUCUGGUUUGACAUACAACGUCCUAGAUAGGAGAUAGUUGUCAAAGUGGACAGCAAUACGUUGUUGUUCAUAUUCACCUGUACAUAAUACUAUAUAUGGCUAUUUUAGACUAUCUUACAGAAUUGCUCAAACAAUCAAGUAAGAACUAUGCUUUCAUUGAUUCUUUCG